CUGACCAAUCAGCGCGCAGGUUCAGUUCAGGAAACGCUCGCUGGUUUCCACCUGCAGACAAGAAGCAACAAGGAGCCGGAGAGCCUCGAGACUGACUCAGUCUCAGUGGGAAAUAAGAAAUAUAUUUAUAUUUUUAAGGACUUCUUCCGGUGAGCAGCGAUGGUUUGCGGCGGGUUUGUUUGCACCAAGAACGCACUCUGCGCUCUCAACAUACUCUAUGUUUUGGUGAGUCUGCUGCUGAUCGGAGUGGCCGCCUGGGGGAAAUGGUUCGACCUGGUCUCCAGCAUCAGGGUGGUGGCGGGGGUCAUCGGCGUGGGCAUCUUCCUGUUCCUGGUGGCCUUUGUGGGGCUGUGCGGCGCUGUGAAGCACCACCAGGUCCUGCUCUUCUUCUACAUGAUAAUCCUGUUCACAGUGUUCGUCGUGCAGUUCUCUGUGUCCUGUGCUUGUCUGGCCCUGAAUAAAGACCAACAGAACAAUCUGCUGGAGGUUGGAUGGAACAAAUCCGAGGACACUCAAAAGGACAUCGAGAAAACACUCAACUGUUGCGGCUUCUCUUCAUUUUCCUACAAUGGCACCUGUGCAGCUAGAUGCUUUCACAGCAAUCCUCCGCCGACUUGUGACACAUGCUCGAACACUAUCCAGGGGUAUGCAGGAGAGGUGCUGCGGUUUGUGGGUGGUAUCGGACUCUUCUUCAGCUUCACAGAGAUUCUUGGAGUCUGGCUUGCCCACAGAUACAGAAAUCUCAAAGAUCCUCGCUCAAACCCUGGAGCCUUUCUAUAACCACUCACAGUUUAAUAAACCAAAAGAUUGCACUGCUAAUCAUAGUUUCUCUUUUUAACUCUGUAAAUCACACUCAUCUGGACAUUUAUAACAUUUAAAGAAAGGCUGUGACUUUUGCCGAUGAAGGUAAAGUGUUGUGUAACAGUAACACAGCGAAAGAGAAGACAGUCUUGAAGCCAGCUACACAGCAUCCAUCUAAAUACCGCUAACAGCCAACAUUAGCCAACGAAACUUCUAAGUCUAUUGAAUUGGGCAAAGGUUGGUUUUAUUGCUCACAAAUUCAACUUUGUUUGUUUAAUUUCAUCUUUCAGAAGUCACUGCCUCACUUAAAAUGUGCUGCUCGAUUACUUUCAUUAAAAUGAUGCAGUUUUUGUUGCUGUAAA